AUGUCAACUAUUCCGUCUGACCAAGACAUAUUUUACCUUCUUCCUCUCCUUGAGACCGAAAUAGACGUGCGGAGAGUCUUGCAGUGGCUAUCUGAAUGUACGAAAACCCAUGGAGGCGAGUGUUCCUUGGAAUAUGCCCCUUUCAACUCGGCAUUUCCAGGUCUACACGUCCUGCGCCUACUCGAUGUUCAACAAAACUGUUUAGUCGAAGUCCAGGAUGUUGUUCCCUAUCUAGCGUUAAGCUAUAUUUGGGGUGCCGUUAAAAACAUUAGGCUGACUCAACUGAGUAUGAAACGUCUUUUGACUCCUGGUUCUCUAGAACGAUUGAAUGGACUUCCCAGAACUGUCCGCGACGCCAUGGAACUGACCAGGAAGCUGGGAGUACAGUAUCUAUGGGUAGACGCCUUAUGCUUGAUCCAGAACGAUAUGGAGGACCUUGAGAGAGGCAUUAAUGUUAUGGACCUGAUCUACGAACGUUCCCUGUUGACGAUCAUCGCUGCUUCUGGGAAUGACGCCAAUGCAGGCCUUCCGGGAGUCCGAGCACGAAGUCGGCCGUCUUUAAAGCAAACUAUCGAGAUUAAGCCCGGAAUUAGUUUGGGGUUAUAUAUGGAAAUGUCUACCUUGCUCAACGCAUCAUCCUACAGCUCAAGAGGAUGGACAUUCCAAGAGCAGACUUUGAGUCGGCGGGCUCUCUACUUUCUGGAUAAUAAAGUGUUCUUUCAAUGCGGGGACAUGGCCUGUUCAGAAGCCGUCAUUGACCAGUCCGAACAACAAAGACCAAAGACUGGGCAUAUACAUAAUGCAAUUCACAUGGAAGAUCCAGUGUAUGAUUACGCUACCAUACUAGAGAACUACAUGGCUAGAGCUCUCACAAAUCAAAACGACGUGUUAAGAGCUAUGGCAGGUAUUAUGCGCCGUUUCUCAGUCAAGAUGAAUUAUCGUUUUAUCCAAGGACUUCCUACUGAAGCUCUGGAUGUAUUCAUCCUAUUCAAAGCUCGAGGAUCCUGCCUUCAUCGCCGUCCUGGCUUUCCAAGUUAUUCUUGGUGCGGCUGGCAGGGGCAUAUCAGUGUCGAAACACCGAGGAGAGACGAAUGGUUUUCAAUAUGCACAUGGAUCAUUUGGUAUGAGCGACUUCCGUCAGGACGUAUAAGUCUUAUUAGGGAUCCUACUGCAAGCGGCCAGAUUUCUGCUGAUGAUGCGUCUCGUAUCGGCUGCCGACAAAGACCAAGAUUUGAUACUUUGGUUCUCUCGGGUUUCCCCACGACACACACAGCACCCACCGAAACACCUCCCCUUCCUUCGCUGCUGCCACCAUAUCCUCUCUUGCAGUUUUGGACGUUAUCACUACGCCUGAAACUCACCAAGCUCGAUGUUUUCACUGGACAGUGCCAAGUCCAGGGCAAGUCUGGCACUGAUUGUGGUGUAUUAUUUGUUGACGGAUUUGAUGACUUCACAGUGUUCUUCUCAUCAGACCUACACGAUGUAAUUGUACUUUCGGACCACGCGGACAUGGAUGGCUAUUGCUGUAAUGUGAUGUUGCUUGAAUACAAGGAGGGGCUUGCAGAGCGACGUGGUAUGGGAUACAUUUACCAAGACCGUAUUCAUGAUUCAUUUACACCAGGGCCUGUCUGGAAAGAGAUUAUCUUGGCUUAG